AUGUCUAACCAAGUGUCGGAGGCGCACCAGAAGAGAAAGCGUAAGCCCGAGCCCUGGCAAGUUCAGUCGCAAGAGGACAGCGAUGAUGCGGAGGAUGAUGAGAUGGAUUUUGACGAGGCGGAUGAUGGUGAUGCGGAUCAAGUCGCGACGGAGCCGAAGAGCAAGAGGAACGUGCUGACAUUAGGUAUCAAGAGAACCGCUUCUCUCGUCUCGUUUAGGGUUGCGGUUCCGGUCUACAGCGAUGGAGCCACCACGCAAGAGGGCACGCAUGCAACUAUCCACGACUCGGAAAGAUCUAAAGGCACAAGGAAUAACAUUACCUCAGGGCCGUUACUUUCACUUCCUGUUGAACUUCGUGCCAUGAUCUGGGGUUACGUCCUUGGCUUUCAAUUUAUACACAUCAUGGAAGAACGACCUCGAGCGGGCCUUCAGGUCCCUCAUCUGGGAUUCUUUCACACCGUCUGCGCAUCCCUGGUGACGGAACGCGAGGCAUAUGAGUUGGCACGCAAGGAGGACCACAGGUUGAUAGGCCCCGGAGACAUGACACAGGGCUGUAAUCGACAUUAUAAUUGCCACCAGGUCUACCCCACCGGUGUUAGAAGCAGAGUUCAUGUCGAGAUCCUGUCAGUCUGCCGGCAAACAUACCUAGAAGCUGUGGGCAUUCUUUGGGGCACAAAUACCUGGUCCAUUACCGACUUUCAGUCUUGUAGGGCAUGGCUCAGUCGCCGGAAUUCACUUCAAAGAUCAUUGAUCAAAAAAAUCCAUCUGGCAUCGGACGUUGUGCUUACGCCGCUCCCUAUGAGCCUCGUCGCAAAGUUCCCGGUGUUGGAGGAAUUUGGAACGGGUUUCAACACCAAGCACAACACGACGGACGCUCUGAUCAACUGGGUCAACUGCUUUAACGGUCCAACUACGCUCAAAGAGAGGAUAGAAAAAGCCGACAUCCCGUUAUCAACAUCCAAGAUGGAAAACAUGGCCAUAAUCCGAGAGAUACUGAACCAAGGAGAGGGAAGUGGCAAUGUCGGUUCGAGUUCAAACCAACAGCGUGUGCAAGAACCAGCAGACGUGGAGAUGACCGAUAGACUUUGA